GGAUGUCAGAACACGAAGAAGAGAAUGGAAAUGUGGAGGGACUGGAGGGACACAACGAAACCUUGGUAGAUAGACCUCCCACAAACUGGGUGGAUUAUGCGGAGGAUAGGAAAAUAUACGUUAGCUCUCUGAACUUUGCAACGAGGGAUGGGUCCUUAAAGGCUUACUUUGAGAAGUAUGGGGAAGUAGAAAAAGCGGAGGUAAAGAUGGAGAGCGCUACCAGAUCUAGAGGGUUUGGGUUUGUGGUGUUCAUGGAACCGGAGGUACUGGACACUAUACUAGAACAGAAACACUCCCUUGACGGUCGAGAGAUUGAAGUGAAAAGAGCGAUAACGAUGAAGGAGAAGUUCUCUACUAACAAGCUCUUUGUGGGAGGCCUGCCUCCCAAACUGCCAAACGAGGAUGUGGUGGACUUUUUCAAGAGUUUCGGCGAGGUCCAAGACGUUGAAUGGGUUGUGGACAGAGUAACUGGAAACAGGAAAGGGUUCUGUUUUGUCAUCUUCACCGAUCCCGGAUCUGUGGAAGAGGUUACUGACGGCAAGAUCCCUCCUCAGUCUCAAAAACAUGAAAUUAAGGGGUACACUGUGGAAUGCAAGAAGAAGUUCCCUGAUAACCACCCAGUCCAGAAGAAGAUUAAACGUAUCCAGCAGCAGAAAAAGGAACGGGCUAUGGCGCAUGAUUACAUGGGCCAGGAUUACAUGGCUUAUGGAUAUGAUUACUACAAUGGACAGUACUACGAUGGACAGUACUUUGGUUACGGAUACCCUUCUUACGGGUACAGCUAUCCUGGCAAUGGCAACUAUCCUGAGAGCAGAUAUGUAGCAACACCGAACAAGACCUCGUACGCUCAGACCCCCUAUCGUAUCAGCCCCUCCGUCUCCAACUAAUCCUCGUCAAGAUGUCAAACCACGUGACAUGACGUCACACCACGUGACAUGACGUCACACACCUUUUCAAAUUGGCCUUCGUUUCUACAUCAGCAAUACUGAAUCUACAAUAUAUUAAUUAGUAUGUUAUUCUUACUAGCGAUCGCCCCAGCCUCUUGUCGACCUGGUCCGGAAAUCGUCGUGUAAUGGAUUCUAGACCAGUGUCUAGGCGGCAAUCAUCUGAGGCUGUAAUUAGAAAAGUUGAAAUUUGUCGACUUAUUCGAUUCUUAAGUGGGCAUAAAACUUUACCAUAGGUAUCCGGAUUAAACGGUGGGCCAGAAUUAGCUUUACUUCGACUGAUCCAGACUUCUGCUACUGGCUAAGCAGGAGAACUGCUCGAUCUGCACGAGUACAUGAAGUUAAUUUUGGUCCAAUCUGUUGAACGAUAAUGGGAUUCUUUAGCCAGAUGUAUCGUUUGUACUCGAAUUGUUUAUUUCCCCUAUAUAUUGGAAAAUAUUGUUUGAAUAUAUUCGACAAUAUCUUGUCGACUAAAAUUAAGGAGCUGAUAACAAUCUUAUAAUUGAAAAGCUUUAUUAAUGAAGGGUAUCGGAAACAUUGCGAUUAGGCUAAUUGAAAGCCAAUUAGGCUAAUUAAAGGCCGUUAUUAGAGAAGUGGAGAUUAUGGUAGGUUGUGCUGAUAUGUCACUAAGAUGUUAUCCACUCGGCUUUCUCUCUCUCUCUCUCUCUGUUUAGUAGUGAUUUGACGUUCCUUGAUAUAUUCCGUCAUGAAUUUUGAUAUCUUGAGAGUAUGCGUUCCUUCAACAGAGCUUAGUUCUUUAAAAAGAGGUAAAUCACUUCGUUACCGUAAUUAAGUAUUUUAGUAUUACGAUGUUUCUUGUAUUAACUAUUAUUGUUUACAGUAUAUAUUGUAUCGGCACAUGUGACUUCCUGCUUCUUACUGAUAUUAUUGUUUUUAGGAGGGCUGUGUUGUGUAUGUUAAACGUUAUUUUUUCGAUAGUUGACCGUUCAUAAAUACUGAGAAACAUCCCUUUCGAUGUCGAGAAUAAAUAAAAGAAAAGGGCUGCCCAAAAUUAACUCUGUACUGUGGGAAAUAGGCGGUUCUUGUUUUGUCCGGAUAAGGAUGAGUUAAUUUUGGGGCACCCAGAAAAAUUUCAGAAUAUUUUACAGAACGGUCAGCUUUGAUUAAUUAGUGUGAUGCUCAGGGUCGCUUUUAUAAUCCGUUUCUAUUUAUUGGUCACAAACAGGACAAGAGUGCCCUGGAGAGCAGGGAAAGAAAAAUAGGAGUAUCGUGUUGUUGUGCUGCAUUCUGCAUUCUGUGGGAAAUUUUGGUGGGAUUUUCAGUUGAUUGUUAAAGGUUUCAAGAGUUGAGUCUGAGAAAAUUCCCCUCAAUGCGGUCUGUGGUAGGGCUGUUAUUCAGUGCGUUAUGAUAUUGUUGUUAGGAUGAGAUCUUGAUCAUAUUCGUAUGAUUUUGAUGACAAUAUAAUAUACAUCAUAGUGCCUGACCUCUUUUUUCUUCUUCUAAUUCUAUAAGAUUUUUACCAGAUCGUUAAAAAGAAAGUUGAUCUACCGAUUUCGAGGACUGUUUUCUAAAAUAGUGUGCACAGUACCAGAUUGUAAAGUUUAAUGAUUACAAAAAAUCGUAAAAAGUUUUGAAAGGGUCACAUAUUAAAGUAGGGCUAACCAAUUGUAUUAGAUAGGCAGAAAGAGGCUAUUUGCUCAAGAAAGGGCAUUUAGAUUCCCCGCUACCAUAACUUUUCAUCGUACGUGUUUAUCGUUUACUGGAAUGUGUUUUCCUCCAGCUUUUUCACUAGAUAGGCCGAAAUUGAUGUAACAUCGUGAUUUUUGUUCUUGAACAAAAAUCAAGUACCGUGCUCUACCAUCUACGUACUUAAUCGAUGUAGCGUUAAUUUUGGCCCUAUGAUAUGAGUUUUUGAGGUGAUGAUGGUAGUGGACCCUCUAUAUAUGGUUUAUUAUUGUACCAAGUGUUAUGUGGUAAAUUGAGUGCACACGCUACCAUGUAGCAACUAGAUUUGCACACCAGGCCUAGCUCGGAUUUUUCUAGAUUUGGGUAGGCGUCUCAUGGGAUGUUUUGACACGUGCGGUUUUGUGCUCGUGCGAGUUCAUGCUGCACGUGCAGAUCGCGCGUGUCAUCACCUGACCUGUUGUCGCGUGUAAAGACGGACUUGUCGUGCCUACUCGAGGAUAGUUUUAUCCACAAUAAUUAUUGCAGGAUUUGUAUCUCUUGUCUUUAAAUGUAGUGUGGUAUAUCAUUAAACUUAAUUUUAAAGUAAAGGAUGGAUAUUAUUAAUAGAAUAUAGCUAUCCGUGUAGAUUGUUGUAUAACGUUGAUAUAGUUAGAGACUGAUUUAAACUUUACCAAGUAUUAUGGGGAUAUUGAAAUUUUGGAGAUCUCUGUUG